AUGGGAUUGUUUUUGUUUCAGGAUACAGAUGAAUUCAUUUUACCUACUGGAGCUAGUAAAACCAGGGGCAGAUUUGAACUGGCAUUCUUUACAAUUGGCGGAUGUUGUAUUACCGGAGCUGCUUUUGGGGCAUUAAAUGGCUUGCGACUAGGCUUAAAGGAGACACAAAACAUGGCUUGGUCCAAACCUAGAAAUGUACAAAUUUUAAACAUGGUGACACGGCAAGGAGCGUUAUGGGCAAACACCCUUGGAUCUCUGGCGCUGCUCUACAGUGCCUUCGGGGUCAUCGUGGAGAAGACCCGGGGGGCCGAAGACGACCUCAACACGGUGGCAGCCGGCACCAUGACGGGGAUGCUGUAUAAGAGCACAGGUGGAUUGCGUGGGGUAGCCAGAGGUGGCAUUGCGGGACUCAUGCUCACAGGUCUCUAUGCGCUCUACAGCAACUGGGAGCACAUGAAGGGCUCCAUGCAACAGCAGUCCCUUUGAGCGGAGCGGAGGACAGAGCCUCCAGCCACGGAGCGCAAUCAGACUUGACCCCCUGCGUUACAGUACCUAGCGGACACCCCACCCGCCCCAAAGACCACCGGGUUUCUCCGCCACGGCCCGGUUCUUGAGCAACGGGUGGUGAAAGGGGCCAUUUUAUCUGCCAAGAUGAAGCUCCCAUCUCCGUAUUAAGCAUGAUUCACUUUCACUCUGUUUGUACGCAGAGACCGUUGCUUGAUUUGACUGUAAAUAAAGUGUGUGCUGAAAAA